AAAUUAUCAUAUAUACGAGUAACAUCGUUUUCUUCCUAGAAACAUAUGGAUGGAGAAAGAAAGUUUAGUCUGUGGGCGGGCCGUCGAACUCUUGACAUAUAACAUCGCAGCAAUACCAACCAAACGUAGUUCGCCACGUAACCGACGCUUACCGUCCGGUGUCUGUACGUAAGGUUUCUUUAUAAAUAAAACCGAACCAUGCAUAUGUGAUAUGUGUUGAUAUUCUUUUAUAAAAUCUGUUCUUAUCUUGUAAUUGAAAACUCUGAUUCUUCUCUUAGAUGGGUUGCUUUAUUUCUCCUGUAAUGAAACUCCGUCGUCUAUCUUCAACUGAUUCGUGGCGGUUUGCAUACCGGAAUCUGACCGGCGAGGAUAUAGAGGAUUCGGUCGUAAGGGUUGUCGUAGGGAAAGAGAAGAAGGAGUUCAUGGUCGAACCGUACGUACUCGAAGAGGCGCCGUUUAGAAUCUUGAUUGGUUCGGUUAAGGAUCGUACCAAGACCCGGUUAAACCGGACUGGGAGUGUUGUAUGGCUUGAUCAUAUCGACUCGAUCUUGUUCGAGCACUUGUUGUGGCUUCUUCGUAACGAUGCAUCUACAUUUUCGGAUAUGGAUGUCGUCGAGAUCAUUGAGUUCUAUUCUCAAGAUUGCUAGAGAAAGAAAUUGAUCUAACGUGGAAUAAUAAAGUGUUGUUUCUUCGCAUUAACACGUGUAUUUUGUGAUGGUAAGAUCUAGUACUGAUACCAACUUACCAAAGGUCCAAAACAGCUUGUACUAUUUAUUGGUCUUUUUAAAGAAGUAAUGAAUCUACAUCACAUGACCUUAUACUA